AUGGUCGCUAAUGCACUUCGCAAUAUUGUCGUGGUCGGAGGUUCUUUUGUCGGGCGGGGAACUGCCCAACAAUUAGCUGGGGUUAUUCCUUCCACACACAGAGUUCUUUUGAUUGAGCCUCAUAGCCAUUUUCACCACUUGUUUACUUUUCCUCGGUUUGCGAUCGUCCCUGGACAAGAACAUAAAGCGUUCAUUCCGUACGGUGGUCUCUAUGCGGCCUCACCUAACCCAGAGUCGCACGGGGUCGUUCAGGCUCGAGUGACAGCUGUUCAAUCUCAAUAUGUUGAGCUUGAUCGUGAAUGGCAAGGUUCAAAGCAAAUCCCAUUCGAAUAUAUUGUUCUUGCUACAGGCACUCGCCUCUCAAAGCCAGCAGCCAUGGAUGAUGAUGACAAACCAUCAUCUGUGAAAUACCUCCAAAAUCAUCAGGCCGGUGUCAAGCAAGCUAAAUCAAUUCUUCUCGUUGGAGGAGGAGCCGUGGGUGUGCAGAUGGCGACUGAUCUGAAAGAGUACUAUCCUGAGAAAAAUAUCACAGUCGUUCAGUCUCGGCCACAGCUCAUGCCCAGUUUCCACCAUAAAUUGCACGAGAUCGUCAAAUGUCGAUUUGACGAACUGGGAAUCAAACUUAUCACCGGCGCCCGAGUCAAUAUUCCUUUAGAAGGAUUCCCCAAUAACGGCACUCCAUUCAAUGUCCAACUUACGAAUGGGGAUUCCGUGUCAACCGAAUUUGUGAUCUUAGCGACCGGUCAAAAACCAAACAAUCAACUUAUCAGCCAUUUGAAGCCAUCGACAUCUGAUGGGUUGUCUGUCGUAAACCCAGAUAAUGGAUAUAUCCGCAUUCGACCUACCAUGCAGUUCCUGGACGAGCAAUACUCGAAUAUGUUUGCAGUUGGGGAUAUUGCGGAUACCGGGGCCCAGAAGGCUGCGAGACCUGGCUCAGCUCAAGCAGCGGUGGUUGCAAAGAAUAUUGCUUCAUUGAUUGAGGGCCAAGGGCCGUUGGAGACUUAUGUUAAGGGCCCCGGUGCCAUCCACAUCACAAUGGGCAUGAAAUACAACAUGGUCUUUAGGAACCCAAAUACCGCAGAGGGACAAACAGAACCGUGGACCAACGAGAAAGAUGAUGGACGAGAGGAUAUGAAUGUGGAGGGUAUGUGGCAAAGACACGGCAUACCAGUGGAAAAUCCUCGCGAGUAUCAUCUGUGA